CUGAUGCGAUUCUCAUCCAGUACGAUGAGUUCCCCCUUGACCACUUUUCUUCUCCUUCUUCUUCUAGUGUUGUUUCCAGGGUGUGUUGCUUUCGACAGACUAGUUCUUGCGAGCAUUUGGGGCCCAACCUACUGCAAGCACCAUGGUGAUUGUGACAGAAAUGCUGUGGUGGUGGAGACCAACUUCACCAUCCAUGGCCUAUGGCCCAAUACUGACCAAGAUCCUCAACCCACCCUUUGCCCAGCAUCCAAUCAAGAUGAUACACAUUUAUUCGAAGGAAGGAUUCCGGAUGCUACAUUGUUGAGUGAGAUGAGUCGGUGCUGGCCGGCGUAUAAGAUGGAAAACUAUCGACUUUGGAGUCACGAAUGGAACAAACAUGGCAAAUGUACACAUUUCCACAAAAUUGCCUACUUAUACUGGACUGUUCACACGUUUGGAGCAAUUGAUCACUUCAAAGCUCUAGAACUAUCUCACAUUUCUCCGGUCUACGAUGAUGAAGCACGCGAACCUCAUACCCGAGAAGAAUUUAUAUCAGCCUUAGCUCUCCACAAACCCGACAUAGGAAGAGUGAAACCCCAGUUAAUGUGUUCUUGGAGCAAUGAAAUCAUGGAAACCAGGUUUUGUUUUGAACCCGAUGGGCACCGGAUCAUUGACUGCCCAGAUUUUGGAACAUGCGUAGAACCUUUUUACUUUGUGAAGUAUAAAGGGCAAUCUCCACCACCACCGCCUUCAGCUCCUAUUGUGGUUCGGAAUCCAAUUACUAUUGCCAGGAGCAUUUGGAAUCCGAUUGCUGAUGCCGGGAAUGCGUGGCAUCGUCCCGGUAUUGGUCUGUUUGUUCGCCAAAUAAUCCUCAUCCUACUUAUAGCUUUUCUCUCCUUGGUUGUGAAAUUGGCCAACACAAUGGUAGAGCGUCACAGAGUUACAAUGGUAGAGCGUCGCAGAGUUAAGGGGAAGGUUCCAUGAAUUGUGCUUGUAGCAGUUAUUGUA